UCAUAUACCAUAACAUCUUCCCUCCUUUAUAAGAGGAAUACUUCCCAUCAGAAGUAGCUGCUGUGGCCUCUGUCUAAUCCAUGUCUUAUGAGUGAGUAACUGAAAUGAUUCACGUGGUGUUUUUCAUGCCUUCAUUUGGCUCUCAUCAUGGACAGUGCUGGUACAGAUUUCUGUCUGUAUUGUGAAAUAGUGAAGGGGGAAAAAAAAGAAGAAAAGCUCUCCAGCAAGCUCCCCUGUGUGUGGCUGACUCCUUGCCAGUAGAAAGGGCCUCCGCUUGACCUUACUGUAGUCUGAAUUAUCUGCUGAAUUCUUCACAGUAUUAGUCAUAUCCUCCACGGAUACGAUUGCACGUUGCAAUAGUUUUCUCAAAAUCCAAUCGUGGAUGGUCAGUUAUCAUUUUAAUGCACUUCUGUUUUAUUUCCCCUCACAAUCUGAGUGUGUUUGAACUGAAUUGUUCAAGCAGGUGUUUGUGCCUCAGUCUGAAUAUUCGCUCAGUCUGAGACCCAUUCAGAGGAAAUCAUUCUCAUGAUUGUCUGAGCAGACGUAACAGGACUUCAGUGAGCUGUACAGACUGCUUUACUCUAACAUCAGACUUUCCUGGAUGAUGAGCCUCCUCUCAUGGAUGAGUGCAGGUGAUGAUGGAGGGUUUUUUUAAAACUGGACCAAAAACUGAAGCUGAGGUCAUUGCAUUUUGUAGGAAUGCCUGCACAAAUGCCCCUUUUACUUUGGCAUAUUUUGCACAGUCUGACGUUGUUGAGAAUUUGGGUGUUUCACCAAAAAUGUUGUCAUUUCUUGUCUUACAUCUUCACCUGGAGUUUCAUUUCGGGCCCAGUAUGGAUCUAUCAUUCGUCGGUGAGCACUGAGCAACAGCUCUUGAUUACCAGGGAGGACAGGAGGAUGUGCUUUGACUAGACUAUUGGAAAUGAAUACUAGACGUUCAAGGCCCUAACAAGCUCUCCAAACAGUAUACAGAGGAGAAAGAAGAUGGUGGGAUGGCAAAGAAAACACCAAAUCUUAAGGUUAUAAUUCUGUCAUCUGCUCAAACAAUCCUCCCGUCCUGUGUGUGCGCUCCUCCGUGGCCCCCUUGCCUGCCGUAACUUCUUCUCCAGAAAGCAGACAGUGAGCUACGCAACACGCCGAGGAAAGAGUGACGGAGCACCUCGAAAACAAGAUGGAGAGCAAAUAUCCUCUCCCAACUAAAACAAGUCCUGGACUGAAAAAGAAUUUAUGUUCUCCUCCUGCCUGUUUUCAUUUUCUUUGAAUUCCUCCCGCUGAUGAUUAGUGGUGUUUGGUUUUGUUAACACACACGCACAAAAUCCCCAACCUCCCCCUUUCUCCUCCUCCUCCUCUUGUUGUGGAAUUCAGUGUCACUCCUCUCCUGCAGCUCUGCUCUUUGGUGAGUCUGCAGGGCAAAAAGCUCUCCAGCGACGCAUUCAACAGGAGCUCUGGACGAAGACGGGCUGGCUGUUAUCUCCACCCCUGCUGUCUGAGGCUUCACCUGCCCUCCCUUAUCCUCCCCCCCCCCAUCUCCUGUCUGAGCUCUGCACCUGUUGUGACUCGUCAGCCAGCCCUGUCUGAGUGUGCCUGACACUGUGGCUGUGAGGAGCUCCAGAAGUUUCCCUGCUGGAGUGAAAAAGUGUGGAUCACAUUGCAAGGGAGGAAAGGGCGAAAAUUAAAUCCUCUGGUGGAGAGACGGCGUUGGAUUCAGCACUGGACGGCUGAGAGAGAGAGAGAAGUAACAAACUCCAAACCAAAGGAUUCUGCUGUUGGAAGAGCAGCAGAUAUGAAAAGCCAGACUGUGGUUGUGUCUGUGGCUCUGCUGGCCCUGUGCUGCCUACUGAUCCCCAGAGGAGGGGAGAGUGCUGGGGGGAUAGUUUCUCUCCGGCAGACUGAAGAGGAGAGGCAGGCAGGGGAUCAGCUGCGAGAUGAGUCCCUGGAUGACCCGGAAAGUGAGCAGGGACUUGCAGUGGACCCACUGGGAAGCAGCGACAAGCACAAGAGAGACACAGAUGAGGCUGCACAGACAGGUUUGUUGGGCAGGGUGAGGAGAGCGCCAGAGGAAGGCAAAAAGAAGAAGAAGGACAAGAAGAAGAAUAAGGACCCCAAUGCCACCAAAAAGCCCAAAACUGACAAGAAGGGAAAGAAGAAGGACAGACAGACGACCACAACUGUACCACCAACAACAACAACACCGGUCCCGACUGAGCCACCCACUGAGCCAUAUACAGACUACCCCUAUCCUGAUGUUGACGAGUAUUGGAAACCAGACGAUGACUACUGGGAGGUUGAUCCCACACCCUCCAGGCCUGAGCCUGAGACUACAAUGACAGAUCUUCCCUAUGACUACUGGAAACCAGUAGAGAAAGACCCAGCUGCUCCAGUAACAGAAGCUUAUGAUGAUUACUGGAAACCAGAAGAGAAAGAGCUGUCCACUCCAGCACCUGACAACUAUGAUUAUUGGAAACCAGAGGAGAAAGAGCUGUCCACUCCAGCGCCUGACAACUACGAUGACUACUGGAAACCAGAGGAGAAAGAACCAUACGCUCCUGUGACUGACUAUGACGGCUACUGGCAAGAGGUGGACCCAACCCCCCCUGCGCCCGAGGUUGAUGGGAAGGCAGGGACAGAUGACAGUGAUUACUGGGAUGCCACAUUUGAGGCUCCAGAUAAUCUUCCAUUCCCUGAUGGUAAAGAGGUCAGCCCUGAAAUCAAAGUAGAAACCCUACCAGAGGAGCCAACAACCACUUCUCCAUAUGAAGGAACGUGGUAUGAUGAUUACGAUGAAUACGGAAGGAGGAAAGAAGACGAGACAGACGACAAAUGGGUUGAGAAGGAGAGGGAGAGAGCUCAAAAAGAAAGAGAGAAGCAGGAGAGAGAGAGAGUGCAGAAGCUGAAGGAGGCAGAGGAGCGGGCCAGGAACAGACCGCGUGUCUUCAAAGAGCCAAAGAAGUGUCCUCCCCUGGGGAUGGAGUCCCAUAAGAUCGAGCCAGACCAGCUCACAGCUUCCUCAAUGUCUCAGUAUAGCUUUGCACCUCAGAGGGCGCGCCUCAACAUGCAGGGCUCAGACGAUGAAGAUGACAUGAGAGGGGGAGCGUGGUGUGCAAACUCAGAGGACAGCAACCACUGGUUUGAGAUCGACGCUCGCAGGGAGACAGAGUUCACAGGGGUCAUUACUCAAGGACGAGACUCUGCUAUUGAGAAUGACUUUGUGAUGUCCUACUUCCUGGCUUUCAGCAAUGACAGCAGAGAAUGGACCACCAUCCACGAUGGAUACGCUGACUGGUUGUUCUUUGGAAACAGUGAUAAGGACGUUCCAGUGAUGAACCAGCUGGCAGAGCCCGUACUGGCCCGGUACAUCCGAAUCAUUCCUCAGAGCUGGAACGGCUCUCUGUGUAUGAGGCUGGAGGUCCUCGGCUGCCCCGUGCACGAUCCAGCUGAUGUUCAGUACAGGCAAAAUGAAGUGACUCCUGUCGAUUAUUUGGAGUUCAAACACCACAGUUAUUCAGACAUGGUUACACUUAUGAAGUCGGUGCACGAUGAGUGUCCCAACAUCACCAGCAUCUACAGCCUGGGCCGCAGCUCCAAAGGACGGGAAAUAAUGGCCAUGAUCAUCUCUGGCAACCCAACAGAGCACGAAAUAGGUGAGCCAGAGUUUCGCUUCACGGCGGGUCUCCAUGGAAACGAGGCUGUGGGACGGGAGAUGAUCCUGCUUCUCAUGCAAUACCUGUGCAAAGAGUACAAAGACAGAAACCCCAGGGCCCAGCAGCUGGUCGAGGGAAUACGCAUCCACCUGGUGCCCUCGCUCAACCCUGACGGACAUGAGGAAGCUUUUGAGGCGGGAUCAGAGCUGAGUGGAUGGACCACGGGGCACUUCACUAACGACGGCGUCGACAUCUUUCAGAACUUCCCCGACCUGAAUAGUAUCCUGUGGGAUGCUGAAGAAAAGGGCAUGGUGCCCAAACUCACCCCCAAUCACCACAUACCCAUACCAGAGGGCUUUGAUUUCAACAGCUCAAUUGCUGUGGAAACCAGGGCCAUAAUCUCCUGGAUGAAAAGCUAUCCAUUUGUGUUGGGUGCAAACUUCCAGGGCGGGGAGUCAAUUGUGGCCUAUCCUUAUGACAGCCUACGUCUCAACAAGCCUGCCGAGAGCCAGAAACCCCACAGCCGCAAGAAGAGACAGUAUGAAGAUGAAGGUUUUGAUGUGACAGAGUGGGGACAGGGCUAUCACGAGGCGCCAGAGGAGGACUGGAGGGGAAGGGGAUAUGCAGAGCCCGAGGAGGAGUGGAGGGGCCAAGGCUAUGACCGUGGUUACGGCCACGGCUACGAACACGGCUACGACCACGGCCACGACCACGACCACGGCCACGACCAUGGCUACGACCACAGUUACAACCAAGGUUACGGCCACAGAGAGGAGGAAGAGGAUGAUAGAGGAAGAAACGCCGGCUACCGGCCCUCUGAGCCUGAGGAUGAGCCUCGGGUGAUUGCAGACGAGUCCCUUUUCAGGUGGCUGGCUGUCUCCUACGCCUCCACACACCUGUCCAUGACACACAACUACCACGGCUCCUGCCACGGAGGCACUCCUGCAGGGGGGCAUGGCAUCGUCAACCGGGCCAAAUGGAAGCCAGUCACAGGAAGUAUGAAUGAUUUCAGCUAUCUGAACACAAACUGUUUUGAGUUGUCGAUAUUCCUGGGAUGUGAUAAGUUCCCUCAUCAGACUGAGUUGGUGCAUGAGUGGGAGAAGAACAGAGAAGCUAUGCUCAUCUUCAUGGAGCAGGUGCAUCGUGGCAUCAGGGGCAUUGUGAAGGACCAGCAGGGUAACGCCAUUGCAAAUGCCACAGUGUCUGUAGAGGGAAUAAACCAUGAUGUCACCACAGCACCAACAGGGGACUACUGGCGGCUGCUCAACCCGGGCGAGUACCGUGUGACGGCUCGAGCUGAGGGCUUCUCCCCUGUGACCAAACUCUGUGUGGUGGGUUACCAGUCAGGAGCAACCGCCUGCAGCUUCAACCUGGCCAAGUCCAACUGGGACCGCAUUAAACAGAUCAUGGCCCUCCAUGGCAACAAGCCAAUCCGACUCAGCUACAGUAACAACAGAGUACAGAACCCAGCAGUCACUAAUGGCAACAGGCGUGUGGUUGACAGCAGCAACGGGUAUUCAGAGAACUCACGAAUCAGCGCCGAGAGGCGGAGGAGGCUCAGGAUAGCUCGUCUCCGUCGCCUUCGCCAACAGAGAUUACUGAGAUUAAGAACGACAACGACAUUGCCCCCGACAACCACAAUUCCCACAACACCAGAGACCACCACAUCCUGGUACGACUCGUGGGUCAUAGGGGAGGGUCAGUCCUCGACGCCUGGCGGUUUCACAGACUCCUUCCUGGACUAUAACUAUGAGUACAAGAUCGAUGACUAUUAAACUAAACGCACUCAAUUCAGUAAACACACAGCUGUCCUCUCCUCCUGUAGUUUGUUGCCUUGUUGUACUGUGAGCAGGUUCAUAAAGAAUCACACAAGGAUCACAGAUUUGUGUAUAAGCAGUGACAAGGUGCUGAAUAUUAACUACAUUCAUUGUAUAAAGAUAGUGUAUCUAAUACUUACCAAAGUGUCUCUUCAUAGAAAUGGACUCUGUUAAUUAAUCAUAGUUCACUUUCACAGAUCACGUUGCGUUUUUCUGACUUGUUCAGUCUUUCUGCUUCAUGAACAGAUUUUAUAUUGUAGGGUAAUCAAAUAUACAUAAGCAAAAGUCAUGACUUUUUUUACUUCACCAGAGUUUAAUUAUUUACACUGUCUUCAUCCAUGGCAGACAUAUUUUUACAGUAUAAACAGUCACUAAAGGUUUUAAAAAGCAUUUGUUCAAAGCUGGUAGCAGAGUCAGAGGGAAAGAAUCUUCUGUCAGGUUUCCUCAGACACGUCAGGGUAGAAGAGUUAUUUUUCAAAUAAACGCUUGUUAAUACAC